AAGGGAUAUCCGGUUUGUUUAUACGAAAUAUUCAAACGGAGGUUAUUUCAAAAAAAGAGGCAUCUAAUAUUUUAGCAGAACAACGAUUAAGGCGGCCUAAUUCGCCUCAUUUAAGUAUUUAUCAGCCUCAACUCACAUGGUACAUGUCAGGGUUUAAUAGAAUUACUGGUUGUUUUGUUUCGGCUGGGUUAUAUGUUUUUGCCAUUAGUUAUCUUGUUUCGUCGAUUUUUAAUUGGCAUUUGGACUCUGAAACUAUAUCUUCUAUUUUUCAUGCUUGGCCGGUAGAAGCAAAAGUUUUAACAAAGUUUAUUGUUUCAUUUCCGUUUACAUAUCAUUCUUUUAAUGGACUUAGACAUCUUUAUUGGGAUACAGGAAGGGGAUUAACACUUAAGGGCGUCUAUACAACUGGAUAUAUAGUUAUAGGUCUAUCUACUGUUUCCUCGAUAAUUUUGAGUUUAAUUUAA